CGCCCUCACCCAGCAGUGCCGCCCACUCCCCGAUUGACGACGCGGUCUCGCAUCGCACCACCGCAGACGACAAGCGCGGUGCAUCCUAUUGUUUGUGCAUUACACGGGCAGUUGUAGCGCCCUCCAAGCGAAGUCAGGUCGUGUCGCUUUGCCUGCUGCGCCUCAUCCGAUUCACCAGCGUCAUCUGCUCCGGCCACGAACACCACCCCACGAACACCCUCCCAGCGCAGCGCCGCCGCCAUCGUCGACGUCGCAAUAUCUUCUGCAGCGCCGCCGAAUCGGGAGCAUUCUGGUGCCCUCUUCGCCCGUGCUGGUUAUAGCACGUGGUCGCCGUCCGCCAACCUCCAGGGCAAGCAUCGGGCAGGAGAACGUCGGACACCAUGGCGGAACAACCGAACCUGCGGGUCACCAUCAUAGCAGCAGAUGGCCUAUAUAAGCGGGAUGUGUUCCGAUUUCCGGACCCCUUUGCGGUCGCAACCAUCAAUGGCGAGCAGACGAAGACUACGGGGGUCAUCAAGAAGACGCUGAACCCAUAUUGGAACGAGAGCUUUGACAUGCGUGUGAAUGAAGACAGCAUACUCGCCGUGCAAAUCUUCGACCAGAAGAAAUUCAAGAAGAAGGACCAAGGCUUCCUCGGCGUCGUUAAUGUGCGCAUCGGAAGCGUCAUUGACCUCGAUGCUGGUGGUGAUGAGAUGAUUACUCGUGAUCUCAGAAAAUCAAACGACAACCUCGUGGUCAACGGCAAACUGAUCUUGAACUUGUCGACGAACCUGCGCGCACCUAUCGCAAACGGUAACCAGAACAGCGGACGACCCAUGGCCAGCUCGGCAGGACCCUCCACGAACGGUGCGCACACUCCUUCUACGCCAGUAGGUGCACAAUCAACUGCAUCGCUCCAGACUCCGUCGACUGCCACCGGCCCUGCUGCGGCGUCUCGACAAAACACGGGGACCAACGGAUCCGCUGCCCCGCCCGCAGCCGCGAAUGGCACUGGUGGACCGACGAACAGAAGAGCAGACGGCACAGGCUUCAGUGCCUUUGAAGAUGCACAAGGAAGGCUGCCUCCUGGAUGGGAGCGACGAGAAGACAACCUCGGUCGGACAUACUACGUGGACCAUAACAGCAGACAGACAACAUGGAUCCGACCAACAGCGAACUACAACGCGGGCGAGCAGCGCGCACAGCUAGAGCAGCAGACGAACAUUGAGCGCCAACGGCACCAAGGCCGCACGCUGCCAGAGGAUCGGACAGGAGCCAAUUCUCCCACCUUGUCUGAUAGACAAAACUCCCCAGGCCAGACUUCCAACUCGACGACCGCUGCCAACGCUGCCAGCGCUGCGCAGAUGGUGGCCACCGGUGCUACUACCGCAGGCACAGGCGAACUGCCUGCUGGCUGGGAACAACGCCACACUCCAGAAGGCCGAGCAUAUUUUGUUGACCACAACACACGUACGACCACGUGGGUGGAUCCCCGGAGACAGCAAUACAUCAGGAUGUAUGGUCAAAACGCCACCGGAAACAGUACAAUCCAGCAGCAGCCAGUUUCCCAGCUUGGACCACUGCCUAGUGGCUGGGAAAUGCGCCUUACAAACACUGCGCGCGUGUACUUUGUGGACCACAACACGAAAACUACUACAUGGGACGAUCCUCGAUUGCCGUCAUCGCUCGACCAGAACGUGCCACAAUAUAAGCGUGAUUUCCGAAGGAAGUUGAUUUACUUCCGAUCGCAGCCUGCACUUCGGAUCUUGUCUGGACAGUGUCACGUUAAGGUCCGCAGAACACACAUAUUCGAAGAUUCGUAUGCAGAGAUCAUGCGACAAAGUCCCAACGAUCUGAAGAAGCGCCUGAUGAUAAAAUUCGAUGGCGAAGAUGGGUUGGACUACGGUGGUCUCUCAAGAGAAUUCUUUUUCCUUCUCUCACACGAGAUGUUCAACCCCUUCUACUGUCUAUUCGAGUACAGUGCUCACGACAAUUACACUCUUCAAAUCAAUCCACAUUCUGGCAUCAACCCUGAGCAUCUGGGCUACUUCAAGUUCAUUGGGCGCGUUGUCGGCCUGGCCAUCUUCCACAGACGCUUCCUGGAUGCAUUCUUUAUUGGCGCCUUCUACAAGAUGAUACUCAAGAAGAAGGUGAACCUGCAAGACAUGGAAGGUGUCGAUGCUGAGUUCCAUCGCACAUUGACAUGGACCAUGGAGAACGACAUUACGGAUGUCAUUUACUCGACCUUCUCCGUUGAAGACGAACGAUUCGGCGAGAAGGUCACAGUUGACCUGAAGCCCGGUGGCCGCGACAUCGAAGUGACGAACGAGAACAAGAAGGAAUAUGUGGAGUUGAUUACAGAGUGGCGCAUUCAAAAGCGUGUCGAGGAGCAGUUCAACGCUUUCGUCGCCGGCUUCCACGAGCUCAUCCCUGCAGAUCUAGUCAACGUGUUCGAUGAACGCGAGCUAGAGCUACUCAUCGGAGGUAUAGCAGACAUCGAUGUUGAUGACUGGAAGAAGCACACUGAUUACCGUGGAUACACGGAGAAUGAUGUUGUCAUCCAGAACUUCUGGAAGGUUGUCAGGAACUGGGACGCAGAACAGAAGUCCCGCCUCUUGCAAUUCGCCACUGGUACUUCACGUAUUCCGGUCAACGGUUUCAAGGAUCUACAAGGUUCCGAUGGCCCUCGACGAUUCACAAUCGAAAAGUCUGGCGAAGAAAACCAAUUGCCAAAGUCGCAUACUUGCUUCAACCGACUGGACCUGCCGCCAUAUAAGAGCUACGACGCGUUACAGCAGAAGCUUGUCUGGGCCGUGGAAGAGACUGUCGGCUUCGGGCAAGAGUAGACUGCGUCAAUGGAACGCGUAGCGGUCCAUUAAAAAGCAUGCUUCGGUACCCUACCCCAGUCAUUACCGUCGCUGCGAGCAAGCCUAUGCAGUCUCCUGGCUCGCAUCUACAGCGCCGAGGCCACCGGUCAAUCACAACUGAUGUGAAGAGUCGAGUCAAGACACGCUCAAGCAUCACGUCCCUUCACGAUAGGGCUCGAUCAGCCGCAAAUUACUGUCGCCCAAGGAGACUGAGGGAGGGUCACUACACGGGUGCAAUCUGUAUAUAACGGCGCUCAUUAGAUUUACGCAUGCAUGUGACAGGGCGAAAGGACAAAGGUGGCGUGGGUGGAUGAGACUGAUUAUCAGGACGCUUGCAGGAAAGUCAUCGGUAUCGGUAUCUGUGAUGCGUAUUACUGUAUCAAAUUAUGAGACGAUGACAGCGCAAGAAUCGUGGAUCCUUUUCGAAAAUCGUCGUGUCGGCCAACAAGCCAGGGAACAUAGACCUCUCUAUCUCCGGG